GUAAAAGAAAUAAAUAAUCAAAGCGACUGAAAGCGACCAUGAAGUGACAAAUAAAGUUGAAGAACAAUUCUUCAAGAUUUAAGUGCGGCGUGCGUUAGCCCCAGUUUGGAUGUUUUGUGUAUUCAAGGUCUAUUAAAACGAGUUCACGUGAACCCAGGAGACAAGUUGAUACAGGCGAGAUGCGCGCUGCCUAUUUAUCCUGGACCCGGGGGUGACACUUGGCUAUUUCGCCCGAUUCCAAGUCUUCGAGAUCGAACGCACUUGCAAGUCUUCCUUUGCUGAUUUCGGAUCCGCUUUCCAAUUUCGGGAUCUGCUUUUCUUUUCUUCCCGGGUUUCCCGGAUCGGAUGCGAGGCCAUCUCCGAAGCUCCGAUGCCCGCCAACCAAGUAACCAACCGGGAUCACGCUGACUCCUAGUGCACACUGAAAAUCACAGUCCUCCACAAUUCAGUGCGAGAAUCUUCUACGAGAAUGCUCGCGCGUUCCUGAGCACAACGAACGUACAUUUAUAAGUUUGUGAUUACCAAUCCUUGUGAAUUUUGGAGUCCAGCAGACCUUUAUUAGCUCUCUGUUGUCGAAAGGAUAAGUCCCGACCAUGAGUGUGGUCAAACUGAAUCGCACAAAAGUCUGAUGACAGAAGGUCCGAUCUGAGUCUGCAAAAAUGAAGACGGAAAAGAAAGCAAGUGAACCUAGUUGUGCACCCGCCGCAGUGGUGAAGGAGGAGCCAGAUGCGGAUCGGGUAAAAAUUAAAGAAGAAUCUGGCUCUGCAAACACAGAAGAUGCCACAACAGAGGACACGACUGAAUGUCCAAGGGACCCUUCGCUAGAUUCCGCAAACGGAGAAAACAAUAUGACUUCCGACAACCAGAAUGGCAGCUCUAGCCAACCAAAUUUAAACUCUGUCAAACAAGAGGACAAUAAUCCUGCGGAUGAAUUACCCGGAGCAGAAUGCCCUUCGAAUGUCGGAAUCCCAUCCGAAGGUGUUCAGCCAUUGGUGAGCAAUGUGCUCGCUAAACAAAUGGGAACCGGAGCGAGUAGUGGAGAAGCCCAAUAUAUGCAGCAGCAGAGUCAAAUCUUCGUCUUUUCCACGGCUCUCGCAAACAAGGCCGCAGAAGCUUGUAUGCAAGGCCAAUUUCCUUCGAUUAUUGCCUACCAUUGUGCUCAACCAGGCACCAAAAAAUACCUAGAGAAGCAUCCCAACAAAGUGAAUCAAUUUCGUCAAAAUCCUGCGCAAUGGUUGAAUAACCUGGCGAAUUUGAAACAAAAGGGUCACCAGGGAGGCGCCCCGUUCCCCACGGAGCAGCCACCGGACUUACCUACCUUGGAUCCGCACGCACCUUCCUUUUGGAACGAGACACCCAACCUUCGGAAUUUGAAUGGCAAUUCCUUGGGUAAUCCAGAAUCGUCUUUGGACGACCCGAACAUAGAUGUGCCUUGCCUCGUGCCGAACUCUCCCAGUAAUCCAGUACCAACUUCUCAGCCUCAAUCAAUCCCAAAUAUGGGCCACAGUCCACGUUUGAUAGGAAGUCCAGGUCCCGGGGGUGUACCUUCCUUGCAGGGCGUCAAAGUUCCUGAUGAGAAUCUCACUCCGCAACAAAGGCAACAUCGUGAGGUCCAGUUGGCAACGAUCAGGAAGAUGCAAAUGCUUCUCUUCCCAGAGCAAAAGGAAGAUCCCUCUGGAUCCUUGGAUUCGGCACCAGGAGGCCCUUCUUCCUGUCCCUCUUCAAAUGUUCCUCCAGGAACUCUACCGAAUCAGUGUCCACCGGGCAUGGAGUGGCACAAACUUCAACAGCAGUUUCUCGACGGGAAGGGAAAAGUUGGUGUAGGUAGUCCAGGAGGACCACUCAGAGGAUCUGGGAUGGUUGGAGGUAUGCCACGCAGUCAAGGACCUCCUCCCCCUUAUCACCAGACAACAAGAUCGGCGAGUGUGCCGAUUGCUACUCAAAGUCCAAAUCCUUCCUCCCCCAAUAAUCCCACCAGCAAUCUCUCGCUGCCCUCGCCGAGAGCGAGUUCAGCGUUAAAUUCCCCGGCAGACUGCAACAGACAAUUUCAGCUCGGUAGCCAGAGGUCGAGCCACUUGCCAGGACAGAGUCCUACCAGCCAGGACUCGCCAAACCCAACUGUAGGAUCCGUGAAUACGACUUCCACGAGGUUGAAUCACAGCAAUCCCGGAACUCCAGUUUCUCAUGCUCAUCUUGCCGCUCUCAGUCCUGGUGGAGCGACACCACAGAAGGAUUCUUCCCUCGACUUUCCCUCCACUCAACCUCCAAAUGUGGAUGGUAUGUUCUGUCGGACGCUGCAAUCUUUAGCUCAACAAAAGCAGCAACACGGCGGAGCAGUAAAUGCCGCGGGUGUAAAGGAAGCCAACCUAAUGCCGGUUCCAAGUCCUCAACAAAUCCAGUAUCUCAAUACUUUCGAGGGUCAGGAAUUGACAAUACAGAAGCAGCCUAAUACAAGUCUAAAAGACGGCAGUUUACCCGCAAGUACAACAGCCAGCAGUACGGAUAUUCCGAAUCGAAUGCUCUCGGGGAGCAUGGAGAGUAAUAACCAAUUUUCGUCGAGAUCGGAUGUCGUUAGUCCGUCGAUGGAAAGUGCGAGUAGAGGAUUCACCGGUUCCCUACAUAGUCCCCACACCCCGCACACUCCACACACACCGGGAAGUGUCGCGCCUCACACUCCAGCUGACUCGAGCAAACCGAGCAAUAAAACGUCUGCAAGUGCCCAAAGCAGUCCAGCGCCUCACAAUCCAAAUCUUCAAGAUAGCAUGGGACCUCCGAGAACGAUUCCCGCCUCGCCGAAUACGAAAUCCGAAACGUCUCCACCUUCACAGAAAGAAUUGCAACAACAGCAGCAGCAGCAGCAGCAACAGCAGCAAAUUCAACAACAGCAGCAACAACAACAGCAGCAACAACAACAACAACAGCAGCAGCAGCAGCAAAAUCAAGGGAAUCCAAACAAUCCUGGAUUGCCACCAUCGAUGAUUGGUCCAGGUGGAUCUUUCCCUUGUAGUAGACCCUCCGUGAACGUUAGCCAACCUGAUAACGUUCCGCUAAAUCCAAACAACAUGGGAGUUCGACUUGGUGGUCUUGGAACAAUGAGUACAAAUCAUUUUGACCCGAUCACUUCGCUCGCGCAAAUGAGUCAGCAAUUGACCAACACCGCUGCCAGCAAUGCUCUUGUCAAUGAUGGCGGUCCAAUGCAUUCUGGAAAUCAGGGAAUGAUGCCUUUUGGAAAUCCGCAUGGAAUGCAUAUGAUGCAGAUGCAGAGUGGUGGUGAAUUGAAUGGAGGAUGCCAUAUGCCGGGACCUACUAGUGAGGCCGGGGACGUUUCGGGAAUGUGUAUGGGACUGGGUGGACCUCCGUCGAGUUACAGUCCAACACCGCAUACUGGGAGUCCCGGUGGUCCGAAUAAGAUGAGCCAUCAUCACUCGAUGAUGUCACACGGGAUGAUGGGUGGUCCUGGAGGUAAUCAGGGUGGAGGACCUCAUAAUCCAAAUGUUGGACCUUAUCCAGGAGGCGGUGGAGGCGUUGGUGAUAAUCCACAUGGACCUCCGUCGAGGCUCAUGCCUGGCGGUCAUAAUCAUCCGCAUUCUCAUGGACCUCAUCCUCAUGGCCAUUCCCACGUUCACGUCUCUGGACCGAGCCCCUAUAAUGGUGCAAAUGUACAGGUAAAACCAAGUGCUCCAAACACCAUACAGUACCUACCAGCGAGGCCCAAUGUGACCCACGCCCCACGAGGACCUCCAAGCCUCGACUUCCUUCAGCGUUUCACCAAUCCCCUCGACAACAAGAUGAACUCUCCCUCAGCGAAUAUUCACUAUUUCCCCAACGGAUGUGUGCCUAACAAUAUGGGACCUCAUCAGGGUAUGCCCGGCAAUAUGGGUCCACACUCAGGACCCCAGGGACUUCCACCAGGAAUGGGUGGAUCACCCCGAAUGGACGCACAGCCGAUGAAUUCGCAAAUUGGGAUGCACUCGAUGAGGCCUGUUGGCGGCGGAGUUCGACAGCAACCAAUCAUGAGGAUGCAGCACAUGGUCGGCGGCGGUGUCUUCCCUGGCAGUCCCAUGGACCCUGACAAAGUCUUUCCGCCCGAUAUGGUGCCUGGGCCGGGACAAAUGCCCAAUCAGAAUAACAAUCCGGGCAUGUACGGACCUGGAAACAAGGGCGGACCGAUGGGACUUGGACCUCCACCCGAUGCGACGCAGCCGCUUCCGCCGAGUAUGGGCGGGGGCUCGAGUAAUUUUAAAAAUAGCCCCUUUGUCGGCGGUGGGCCCAGUAUGUCCGACCCGAACUAUGCCCAACAGUUUCACAAUUUUCAGCAGCAACUCUACGCUACAGGGACGAGGGGCAGCGGACCACCUCCUCAUCCUAAUAUGCACCCGCAGCCCAACGCCCACUCACAUCAACAGUUCUUCAUGCCCAAGUAAAGUCCCCGAGCCCUACUACUCUCCUUUUGGUCUUCUGAUAAGCCUGCCGACGCGACUAGGAAAACACACGACAAAUACACACACACACACACUCUCUCACUCUUUCUUUCUCUCUCUCUCUCUCUCUCUCUCUCUCUCUAUUUCUCGAGUCGCCAGGUCGCCGGCGUCGGAUCGUUUUCAUUGCAUUUAUAUCAUUGGAUCUUCGCCGUCCCCAACGCUCGUCGAACGUUGAAAAUCGUCGAUCGCCAGAGACUUCGGGUAUGGUCAGUUGGUCAGUCUGUUCAUUCUCGUCUGGGUCCGAUUCUGUGUAAUUAGUGCGUGGAGGGUUUUUUGUAAAUUUGAUGACUUUAAAGAAGCAAGAUUUUGAUAUUGAAUACAAGGGUUAUAGAACAGGGUUUUUCAUCGAAAGUUAUGAAAUAUUUUAUUUUUCUGUGGGGAAAGUUGGUUUGUCCAGGAAGUAAGAAUUGAUUGAAGGGUAAGUUAUUUGAAUCGGAAAAUUUGAGAUAAAAUAUUGCCAAGGUGGCGACCCGCCCGGGAGAUUUCCCCUAUUUCAUCAUUUGUGCGUUUUGUAAUUUUUGAAAGUUCCCAAUCAGAGAGUACAAUAAUUUCCAAAGUUUUUAGAAUAAUUAAAAUUUAUUGUGCAGAAUUCCUGAAAAUAAAACCAAGAAUCCAACGAGCAAAUUUGGACAACCAUCAUAAAGUGUUCCUAUUACAAUUUGAAAAAAGAUACAAAUUUGGUCAAAAAACCGGGAAUAGACAGUGACUUUAUUCCUAGACCGGGAAUUUUACAAAUUUUUAGAAGAAAAAUUUUCCCAAGUUUGAUUUCAAGAGUUUUGUAAAUAAUUAAAUUAUAAAAAACUGAACAAUAAUUGAUUUGACAAAACGAUUCUAAAUCCGUUCAAAAUUUGAGAAUUUCCACAUAGUAACUGUUUGAAUUCGAAAGUCUCAAUACGAAUUGAGAUUAUUAUCAUUUAAUCCGAUAAUUUUGCCUUUAAAUAACAAUUUU